GUUCAGUGUAAAUGGAUAUUAUAUGGAGGGCUUUUACACUGAAAAAAUCUCAUGACUUACCCUCCAUCUACUUUUGUGCUAAAGCCACCUAUAAAAGGUACAGUGUUAUACUUUGAGAUUUUCUCACGUUGUAUAACGUGUAUUGGUUGGUGGUCUGUUGUGAUGAUGUUGUCUUGUGGAUGUAUAUGUGUAGAUAAACUGCUAAAAAACAACAUGACAUGAACGAUAAGAGUCGUGCCAGUUUUAAUUGGUUCCCACGCAAUAGGGGAAUCGUAAAAAUGUUACAAUAAAGAAUUCGUAGAAUUUCUCACUAAACGUUUUCAUCGUAAAAUGGUUGUAAAAAGAUUUCAGAGUGGUUGCAAUAAACGGAUUUCGGAACAUAUGGCCUGCUAAUUGCAAUGCCCUCAGCUCCGAACUGUUUCCUGUUCUACAAUAGCGUUCGGUGUGGCUUAAAAGUAACAAUUGCCGUCAAUCGAGAAAAUUAGAUUACUUGUCAUGCUCAAUUACUGUAUAAAUAGAUCGUCAUAUUCCGCAUUCAUCACAGCAUAACUGAAGUAGUGUGAGACGAGUAACAAGUAUUGGGACCUAGUUUCAAAGUUUUAAGAUGUCGACUUCAAAUAUUCUAUUCUUCAGCUUUCUAUUCCUCUUUGUGACAGGAGAGAACAUACACAAUAUAGCAAGUACUGGUGUUUGUGAUCUAAACAGCAUUGUCCGAGUUGGAGAUAACUUACGUUGGAAAAACCCAACAAAUCAAACGCUCUACAUCACAGGUGAAGAGUGCCACACGAGACUGAAUAUUGUCAUUCCACCUGAACGUAAGUAGUUUAAUCCUCUAAGUAGCUUUAAUCGUAAGUGAUAUACAAUGAUAUAAAGUAGCACGAGUAACCAAAUACAGCAAUAGUAACCAUAUACUGAUCCAGAGAUCGAGCAAAUCAAGCAUGCAGACUGCAUGAGCGCUGCUUAAAAUAUGAAGUAAAAAUGGAAACUGCUUCAAUUUGAAUGAUUUGGUUUUGACUAUAACUUAAGUAAUAAAGUAAUAACUCAUGAUUUCACUGAGGAGAAAAUUUUUCUCUCUAACCCACGUAAGUUUUUGCAUUCCAUUUUAUUAGCUCCACAUACUGAAACACGACUCUUUUGUUUAGCAAAACUACACGAAGACGAAGUAAUCUUUUAGCUAUUUACAAUUCAAGUUAAUAAUUCCAAUUGGGUUUAUUGAGACGUUUUAGUUUUGGUUCUUACACUGGGAUAAAUUCAAUAGUGUGGGGAAAAUGUUUAUCAACAACAGCUAGAUCAGUGUUUGUAGAUGUGUUUAUCUACAAAUAUUGAUAUACUGGUACUCUUAUUAUCGAAUUAUCAUUCAUAAAAGCAUAUAGCUACUCCCAUGUAUAAAGGAGCACCACUUUCAGUUCUUCUUUCUACCAUUAACCAACAUCAGCUAGAUCUAAAACAAAGUCAACUAUAGUCUAUGCUGUCUUCGACUAUUAACAUGCGCUACGCCUACGGUAUGACUGAAUGUCAUCAUUUUACACAGUAAUAUUGUCAUUGAUUUAGUUUUGUCUUUUUACACAUCCGCAGUGCGUUUUAGCAUUAAAUGGUACAGAUAUAUCAGUUAUCGUUACAAAUCACAAAUGUAAAUUGCUGUACAAAUUGCAGGAUCGCUAACAGUCGUUACAUACUUGUGAACUUAAGCUUGUCGCUCUUUGUUUCAUUUGUUGAUCGAAUCACAUACGAAUCAUGUGCGAGCUACGAUGCAGUUGAAGCUUCAUCUUGACUGCUUGUAGAAUCCAAAAGUACUUCAAAACUGAUCUAUCCUAACUCAUUAAAUGUACAACGGGUUUUCAAAUUUCUAAUUGUAGUUGGCUCUGUUAAAUCAAGUGUCAAUUUUGCGUUUUUACAUUCGACCAUUCUAGUAAAUAACAUAGCAAUAUAUAAUAUCACGGUAAAGGAUUUUCCUUAUUAGUUGAGAACUCUUAAGGCCAGGAAACAAACAUUGAGUAAUUAGUCUCACGCCUAUGUGUCAAAGGAAGUUGUUCUAACAAAGCUACGUACUUGAUUUUUAACACCUUUUACUUCAUAAUGCAAGCACUAUACGUCCCGCCUAACCGAGCAAAUCGGUAUUAAUCUUCUUUAAUAGUUUUUUUUAAAUAGAAGCAGUUUAUUAUCACUCAACGUAAACUGAAAUGUUGUGCGUUGAUUCACAGAUAUAAAGGUGAACGUUACGUUAAAAUAUACAGCGAUGAUACAGCUGAUAUACAAUGACAAUGCAGUGUUGCAAUACAGUCCUAUUUGAGCUAGUUUACAGGGGUGAGUCUCGGUUAGAUACAAAAGAAAUAUAUGACACUUUAAACAAACAUUUUUGUAACCAUAUGAAGGGCUGCGUCAUUAGAGUGAUGAAACCAAGAAUGAAUUAAAUUGCUUCAUGUGUAACAGUAUCACUGAAACAUAUCAAGACUCUAUUACAGUAUUACUACGCGAUUACACGUCGUUGGAAAUAUCACAGAGGGUGUAUCAAAACAAGUUAUUCCAACUUUGCUCUUUAGCAUGUUUGCAUGCUAGAAAAUGAGUUUAUCGAUAACAUUUUUACACAACAAAGUUGCUGUGUAGCCAGCUCGAUAAUUGGGUGGGGGGUCCAUAUUCAUAUAUUCGUGUUCACAGACCUUAAAAACACGGAUUUCAAAAUAAAUUAAUAAUGCAGAACACGAAUAUACCAAUACGGACCCCCCCCCCCCCAAACUACUCUGCUGAGAGCAACAAAAAUUGGGCGUUUAGCUGCAUGUCGGAUGAUACAUUUUUGUCAUUGUAAAGAAGAAUGACUAUUUUAGUAAAUACGAAUCAACAGAAAGUUGGCUGUCAAGUUAAGAAUUUGUUCAUGAUUUGGCGUGUGCUCAAUCGAAUUUUUGAGCACGCGGGAAAUUUGGAGAGCCCGAAAAAGCGUAUGAGUUGGUCUAGCUAGCCGAGUCUGCCGAGACUCUAGCUAGCGCUUGAGUGCUCUCCAUGCAAGUGCUUAAUUACUCGAUUGAGCACGCCAAAUAAUAAAACAUUCUUUUAGAAUAUAAUAUUUAUCAAAAUACAAGUUUUUUCUUCCUGAUGAAAUUUCAGUUUCUCCUAACGCAAACAAAGUAUACUAAAACGUUUUUGAUUGGUCGCCAGGCAAUCGGCUGAUCGAAUACGUCAAAGAUAUGCAUAUAAUAUGAAAAAUGCCAAUAAUACAGUUGAUUCUCUCUCCUCCGCAGAGGCUUUAGUUUUUUUAGGAUUUAAUAUUAUGAUGAGAUACAUUUCACUACACUUUACAUGGCGGAUCUUAGAACACGAGCGUAGCCGCUGGGCGAAGGAGCUUAAAGCCUCUGCGGAGGAGAGAGCAGUUGAUUCAUGAGUAAGCUUUGUCAAAAGUAAAUGUCUGAGUGUUUUUUUUUAUUCAACCAGUUCAUUUCCUGAUUCGAGGAAAUGUUUCCCAAAACAUUUACCGCGCUGUACACGUACGCAUUUCAGCCAAUCAAAAAAGUUCUUAUAUAACAUAUCAUUAUAGAUAUUAUAAACUGACGCAUUUUCCACCGUUGAGAAUUGGGUGCAAAUUAUUGAAAUUAAAUGCCAUGCAUUUGGACUUAAAAUGUGUGAAUUUUUAAUAAUCUAUUGAAUAACAUAUGGUAAAUUAAAUAAUUGCUUGCAAUUGAUAAAUGUUGCCACUGUUUUAAGGUUAUUGCGUGCCAAAACACAUUGGUGAUUAAUUACUUUUUCUUUUGUUUUGAGGUGGAAAAAUGAUUUUGAUCGGCAAUUUUUCAUCGGCUCCUAUUUCGUAAUUUUUCUUGGAAUGAUACAAAAAAGGUAUCAUUCAACAGCUAUAAUCUUUAUUAAUAUGAAAAAAUUAAAUCCACACUUUCGAUAUUGAACGCUAAAGUUGGAUUUCCUUGAUUGUCCCUGUACAAUGUAUCAAUAUAUAGGCGUGCAUAUAUAUAAGCUCAACGUAUAUAAAAACAUCUUGUGUGCUCAAGAUUUGAUUGACAACAAGAAGAUUUGAACCAUACGUAUAUUGUGUGGAUUCUGGAAAAAUCUCAGGUAAAUAACAAAUGACAAAUUUAAUCGGAAUGAUCAUGCGCAGAACCGACGGUUUAUGAUUUCGCACCGCGACAGCCUUCUACAAUUAACUUUUAUACCAUUUCUGUCAACAACAAGGGCCGUGGCAUCAUGCAUGCAAUCUGUGUAAUUACAUGAUUUUUCUGUUACACUUGUUAUUAAAAUAAUACAAAAUGAUGACAAACACGAGAACGAUACAGAAAGAUUAAGAACAUUCAUGUAGAUAACGCAGCAAUUAGGAUGCAGAAAAACGUUUUGCAACUUCACCUGCAUGGGCCGGGGUUAAUGCUGUAAACUUGAUAUCGUCUUUAUAGUUUGCCCCUGGCUUGUAUAAACUAUAUACUGCAGUAAAGAAGUGCAUGAUGUACUAAUCCUUUUAAAAAACAAUGAUAGUUUAUGAGCAUUUAACCUUGCAGUGGCUGUUUUCAUUGCUAUUCUCUAUUCAUCAUCAUUGUAAAGAUAUCACUUAAUAUCGAAUUGGUUUUAAGUCGUUCAACAAACUCGGCCGGAGUACUAUCUUUUUAUCGGACUUAAAUUCCAACCAUUCAAACACACUCCUGAGUAGUUUAAUAGCUAGGCUUGUUUAUGAUAUGGUUACAUGCUACUAAACUUGUAACAGAUUGCUAAUAUAGUAACAAAUCAUUUUGACAAGCACUAAUGAUGCAGCCUGACCUUAUAACCUUUAAUCUAGAUUAAAUAAUUGAUAUUUGGAAAGUUUUGGCAAUGACGUUAACAUUCAGAUAACCAUGUAUUGCAUGCCAAUGGGGCAUUGCGAUCAUAGACUGAACUAGCGCUACCCAAUCACGAGUCAAUAGUAUAUGCAAAAUGCCAUUGCGCAUUUGCGGUAUGAUCAAUUUUUGUUUAUUUCUCAGUAUUGCUAUGUUGAGCGGAAAUUUGUGAUGCGCAGAAAAAGCAGUAAACAUGCACCGACAUCCUGCGCUCUCUUUUGCCGCGUUGCCGAUAUUUUUUCCCAUGCGCUUCAUUAAUCUCAUUCAUCGUUCAGAUCUGACAAGUAAGAAAAAUGUUGACGGAGUAAAGCAGUAAAAUAUGGGCAAUCUGUUUAUAUUCGUUGCAGUUUUUUCUCAGGUUUUGAGCAGUCGUAAAAAUGUAGAAAAUUGUAUUUUCGUAACACGUCGUGCAGUACAGCAGGCUGCGUGUACGCACGAAAAUGUUUAAAUCCAUUUAAUUAACUGUUAUUUAUGAACUAACUAUAAAAAGACAGCGUUUAGUGUAUGAUUUAAUAUGUAUUUGUUGAGUAGACUUACGUGCUCACUAAACAUACAUGACACAUGUGUUGCGGCAUAACAUCACGUAAGGCGCAGACUUACGAUGUACACAUAAGUGCCGUGACUUACGUGCGUAUUAAGCCGGUGUGCAACAGAAUCUACGGGUGUACGUUGCAUAAAACUUUUAAUGGGGACAUAUAAGUGAAAAAUUGCACGAAAAAUCACGGGACCUCUAAUACAGCACUGAUACUGUUACAUGCAACUUGAGGAUGAAAUGAAAGGUUAAGUUCGUAGUGAAGCAAGAUGAACAUGUCCGAAACAAUUAUAGUUAAAAACAUCUUGGGACAAAUGUUCAAUUAUAAAUUAUUACGUUUUGAACAGCUAUUUACAAAUAUAGGUAAUUUAGUGAAAGAAAGAUCCGUCGCACAAACUCAUUGCGUUUUUCGCGACCCUCUUCUGUUUCAUUUAUAUACGGUCGUCUUCAUAAUGUUCGUCGACAAACUGUACGCUUAGUUCGUCUUCGUUCAUUGGAAUAUGUCGCCAAAAUUGUACAACAUACAACCGACAACAACUUGGCGGCAUUUUUCGGGACUGAAACGGAGUUCCUUCAAGCGCGCCCACCGUCUCUUCAGGCUAAUUUCCACUCCGGAAAAUAAGCAGCGGAUCAGACCGGAUAAGAACAAAACAAAAUCCGCGGAUGCUCCAUCAGUAGAAAUUUUUGGUUCCAAUUGAUCCGGCGACGUUGCUGGCCGGAUAAUAAAAAGUUGAAAUAUUUUCAACUUAACCUGGCGAUCAAUCAAAACUGAUGCCGUAUUAUUUCACAUAAAUUAAAAUAAUUAAAUACCUGUAUAAAAUUUACAAAAUGGAGAAUGUGAGACUGCAUGGAACGAGCUCCAUUUUUUCGCUUUUCCGAUCCGAUCAUCCCACUUGUCUUUUUAUUGGAAAUCGCUUGUUGGAUCGGACCGGAUCGGAAAAACCUUCGAUCCGGCCUGAUCCACUGCUUAUUUUCCGGAGUGGAAAUUAGCCUUUAGCAUGCCGAUUAUUCCUCCAAUAACGGAUCGAGCCGAUCUCUGGACCUUGUUAUAAUGAUGUUGCAUGUACAGCCGUCAUACCUGGAUUUUCUACAUAAGGCCAAUGAAAAUUGAUUUCAUGUUUCUCGUCCACAAUUUUCAAAAAUUUGGAGCGGGAUUUUUUCAUUUUUCAUUAUUUUUUGUAUUGGAAUUGCUUGUCAAUAAUUUCCUUGAACCAGUAAAAAACCUCAUAAAAAUCUGAAGUAAAUCGGUGUAUCAUUCAUUUUAAUUUAAUACGUCCUACACUACAGUGUAUUUCUAUACCAGUACCAGGGCUGACAUGAAAAAUAGAGGCAUUCUGGCGAGUAAUAUCUUUAGAAAGAUCAGUGCAAUUUGAGUUGCGCUUGCGGAAUGCAGCAAUAAGUCUUUGAUCUGGAGAUCAAUUUGGUGUUUUAUUAAUUAAGCCUAUUUUUCAAAAAUAAUGAACAAUGAAAAAUUUUCGUGCGGCAGAUAAAUCCCAUGCGGGCGGGGACGAGAAACAUGAUAUCAAUUUUCAUUGGCCUAACGAAUGAGCAGCCAUUCAAGUAAAGGAUACCCAGCGUCGCCAAGAAUUAUUCCAUUCGGCAAAUGUGAUAAAAUUCUUUCUGAGAAUUUGUCAUAAAGCGUCGAGUUCUUGAAAAUUCUAGCAUCAUUAACUGAUCUCGGCCACUUUGCAACAACGUCCACCAGAUCAUCAGGUCGCCGUUUCUGCAUAUCUGCACAUUGAAAGAAUGGUAGUCUUUUCUGUUUACAUACUACACCUGUUCAUGGAUUUUAAUAUUCGCAUAUGAGAACCAUCUACAAAUCCUUCUGCACAGGGAAAAUUGGCUGAUUGGUAUAAAUGACUUUUGUAAGGCCUUUGUCACUCUUGAAAUUGUUCUAGAUAUUAUACUCUUUUUCACCUUUAUCGUGUCUGCAAUCACCUGCGGUUAGAACUUAGAAUGAACCGCUUGCUAAAAACCUUAACUCUAUGAGUAACUGCUGCGCUGCUGUAAAGGCGUGAUUUCGUUUUGUGUUAUGCUGUAUUACAUCACAUGUUUGCUCAAGAAGCACAUAAAACAUUUGCCUCAUCUAUAUCGCGGUUGGAAGAAUUCGUCAUCAUUUAAUGUGUCUAGCAUUUCCUCUCUGUCUCGAAAGAUUCUUGGCCGUUUUCACGUUUUGAUUAUGAUGGCGAAACCUUUCCCGAUGUUCUGCCAAUUGUCGAAUAUGUUUGAUUUGCAAUGAUGUGGUCGACGGCCAUGUUGGUCCUCUUUCAACAAAGGAAUUUCAUUAACUUCUUUUGAAUUUGGCACCAACAUGGCCGCCAUGCCAUUGUCUUCUAAUUCUCAAGGGAUUGAUUGCAAGUCAAAAAUAUGCGUAAUGACAAAACGUAAAUAAAGCGUUAAUUAGUUGUAGCAUGUGGGCCAAUGUUAUUAUGCAUUUAAUUUUUACUGAUACUGUACAGUAGUUUAAAGAACUUAUUUUGUUUAUAUAACCCGUGAAACGUAUGGACAUAAACAUCAUUGUCUUUACAAUGGUGUGGAAUUAUUUAAAUUUGAAUGGCAUUCACAGAAGAUUGAACCACUUCAACUAAAGCAAAGUAUGCCAUGCAGAAAGAGAAAAACAGGUGGUGGUGGAAUAGAAUGGAUCACGAUAGACGAGCUGGUUAUGGACAUUUUAGGCAAGGACAAUCCUUUAAAUUGCUCACCUCCAUUCCAGGCGGAAUAGAUUCUGAGGACAACUACUAGGGACUGAUUGUGAAAGACAGUCAACUUCGUCAUGCGGACUGAUGGUUGUAACGAACCAGAUCCAUUUACUGAGCAGAGCGAUUCAAACGAGGUCGAUGAUAGUGUAAACAUCACAACACACGAAUCAGCCAUGUCCAAACCAGCAAGUUCCUUUGGCAAAAAAAAGGAAGAACUCACCGACCUUAAGUUACAAUAUUGUCGACAGAAGAUUGCAUGCAUGAGAGAAGAAAUUUAAUAUGUAAAAUGCAUAAACGUACAGUUACUUCCUCGUUUUGUUUGCUAUUGUUUGCUAUUGUGUGGUAAUAAAAAUAUAGAAUAUUUCAAGAAUAACUGUUGUCAAACAUAUGCUAUAUGCUUUACCAACAAUCAGAAGUAUUUUAAUAAACUUUGUUUAUGCUUAUAUUAAACUUCCAUCUUCGCACGUAAUGUUAGCAGUUAAAAAACCAUACGUGUUCACCUGCGUAUUCUCGAUUAAAAGAACCUGUAACGCGCGGCUAUUCCAACUCUCCCGAUUUUUCCGGGAGUCUCCCGAAAAUUCAUGCAAUCUCCCUGUCUUCCGAUUUUUAUCAAAUUCUCCCGAUUUUUCAGAAUAUUCAGUAAAUAUCAUAAAAAAAAUUAUAAAUAUACUGUUUUUAGCAACAUAAUAGUCUGUCUUGACCUUUUUUGAAAUUACUUUAUGGCAAUUUAUAGGGUCACUUAUAACAACAUAUUCCCCAAAUGCAGGAAACGCCAUUUCAGGAGACUUAAUUUUUAUUAUUUUUCCCCAGAAGAACUAGAUUUCAUUUCACUGAACAGUCUCCCUAAAUUUUACCUCCAAUAGUUGGAAUGUCUGAACGCGUAUACUUUUAAUACGAGAGCGAUAAGUAGCUAUGCAUUAUGCAACCAUACGUGCGCAGUUUUUUUGCAACCGCGGGCCCUGGGUACGAGACUGUUCCUUACGUGCACCAUCCACUGAUGGCACCAUCCUCGUUCCCAAGCUCGGGCGGAGGUACGUGCACGUAAGGAACGCAGAACUGAAAAACACAGACAGCCCUUAUAAGAAAUUUGUUAAAAUAUAUUCACAAUAGAAUUUAAAUUCAUGUGGAUAGAAAGAACUGUAAUGCAAGACAUUUUACACUUUUUCAUUAUCUGACUGAUUUCGUGAGAACCUGCAAUAUGGUUAUCUGUUUGAUAUGUAAAUAAAAUCGGCCGUCAUAAAAAGGUCAAAGUUUUCAUUUCAAGUAAAUUAUGAUCUCUCUAUUUGAGAUUAUCCUCAUGAUAACAUAUUUACUAUUUGACAUGAAAGUUUAAUUUCUUUUUGGAUGGUUAAGUUCAGUUAUUGUGGAAAUUUUCAGUUCAAGAUGUGUGAACCAUUGCCAUUGGUAUGAACUUAGAGUUGCAUACUUUUCAUUGACGGUGCGCUAAAAAACUGUUGCGGAAACUUUUAAUAUCCACGGGUUUUAAUAUCCAAUGUCAAUUUUUCUUCUAGAGACUGCAACGUACGUCUUUCAAAUUCGUGGUAUCUGCCAAUAUCGUUCUAGUGCUUGUCCAACAGAGGUUGGAAUCUUAAAUGUAAAAGGUAAUUUAACAAGUAUAGCCACUGUAUGCCUAGUCUAUAUACUUCGACACAUACGCCUUAAUUCAUGCAGUCUCUGCAAUUGUGUCUCCCCUCCCCCUCCCCCAGUGCAAGGUCCCUAAGAACUACCUACAGUAGGUGGUCAACCAGCAAUUAUAUAUCAGAGUGAGAUCAAAGGCCGUUGAGGCCGAGUCACGGAUAAGAUCAAAUGAAAGUGCAUGACAGAAAGAUUAGAGCAGUUUACAGUUGUUUUUGCAAACCGGGAACCGUGCGAAUUUUGUCAUUUCACCCAUUUGUCAUGCUUCAUUUGAUAAAUCAAAAGAACGAAUUGAACGCGUGGUCCAGCCCGAUUUCCGGUUCUGAAAGGCCCGAUUCUCAGGCAAACAGUGCGCGCAAAGCAGGCUGAUCAUUUCCCAUUGUUUAACUGCCCCACACUCACCCCACAUUCAAGUAACCACAGAUGUUGCUUCGCAACAUCCAUGAGUCAAAAAUGAUGUUAGGUUGUUAAUAUUUCUGAAUUUGACCAUCAUCUGCAGGCCCGUAACUAGCUAUGAGUCAACCGAGUCAGUUGACUCGGUAGGAAUAGACCUUAUGCAUAAUGACGUCACAGGGCUUGAUGCCCGCGAGGAAUGCUGAUCUUAAUAGUCAUCGCUCGGGAAAAUUUCGAUAGUGGCCAUUUUGAAUUGUUUAAUUUCCCCGGGCAAUGACUACUAAGACCAGCAUUCCUCGCAGGCAUCAAACCUUGUGACGUCAUUAUGCAUAAAGUCUAUUUGGGGACUGAAAUUUAAACAUCGCCAAACCUAAACCAUGGCUGAAAUAAUUUGCUCGUUAGUUUCUCCAAGCAAAGAUACUCCAAAGAGACCAACCUAUCUUGCUCUUCAGUGACACUGAGAAGACGAAUGCGUCGAUGUCAAGUACCCCAACACAUGUAAUACAGUACUGUAGAAUUUGAAGUGUGAUGAAUGAUAAUACUAUACCACGCACAUUUUCAUUACCGCAUCAUCACAUCAUGUUGCCUUAUUGGGACUAGAUUACAUUUGGGAGACUGUAAAAUUGCAGCCAAUUGUGUCACUGUUUAUAAGGUUAAUUUCUUGCUGGAACACUCCUCAAAAUGCUAGGAAUUUAUCUGAGCUUCAGGGAAUCCAAAAUUUUCUCAGAAAUCAGAAUCCUAGUUACGGACCUGAUCUGCUGCCCUAUACUUAUUAGUUAAAUCAUGCAUAUAUAUGUUGGUAGCUGCAGUGAUACAGACUUGCCGAGUGAAACUUCUCCAGGUCCCCCGCGAAAUAUAUGUCCCCCCAGUUACACAUCCUUAAAAGAGGCCCUGCCGUAAAGCGUACAUCUCAAUUCUUGACUUGCAAUCAAUCCCUUGAGAAUUAGAAGACAAUAGCACGGCUGCAGUGUUUGUAUACCAAAUUCAAAAGAAGCUAAUGAGAUUCUUUUGUUGAGAGGGGGCCAACAUGGCCGCCGCCCACAUCAGUGCAAGUCAAGGAUACAAAAUUUUACAAAUAAAACCCGUUCAGCCGCCACUGAUAUAAGAACGCCACUAAUCGCUAUUAUAAAGUAAUUGUUUGACUGAAUACAAACUAGUGAUGAUAAAGAUAUAUUAUUAAAGAUAUUUGUGUUUCUAGCUCUUCGCGUGUUUCAAUCUCUAUUCCAAGAUUUGCUUUGUAUUGAUAGAAAACCUCUUUACAAAUAUAUACACCUCUAUAAACAACGCACAACUGCUGUAACAGCAUGCUUCGAUCUCUAGGUAUCCGUUAUAUACGUCAAUUCUCAUGAGAAUGCAUGUUAAUAUUGAUUUUACUUUUUAAGGUCGAAUUGAACGACGGAGCAUAGUGAGCAUUCCCCCCAGUGCGGGCUGCAAAGGUCAGUUAAUCAUGUCAAGUUAAUUCUAUGUUUUACUAUUUUUAAGAGGACGAAAAUUAAAGAAUGUUGCAACGUAGGCCUACGUGUCUUAAUUGUAACAGUAAAUAUGACGUUUUGUAAAGACUUGUUCAAACCAUCCCAAGAUGGAUCAACAUGAUUUGGAAUGUUUCAUUGCCGGAAUUAAACAUGAAGCCAAUACAUAUACCUGAGUUGAAAUACAUGCAUGCCUUGCUAAAAAACAACUGUAUUUUCCGAACAUUUGAAAUAGUUGUCAUGGUUACACGAUCAUUUUAUUCCUUAUAUCUUUAAAAUUGAAAACAAAAAUUACAAAAUUAUCAAUUCCCAAAUUAUAUGUUAGAUAUGUUAUUAUGCGUAAUAUAAAGUUUAAUUUAAUGUAAAAUUCGACCACAUCAUUCCAUACAACGUGAUCAUAAUCAGCCAAUUAAAUGACCAGAAUUUAAAGAGGUGUUAUAUAAUACCAACUGCAUGUAUAAUGUUUACUAAAUGUUGGACCAACAUGUAGGUUGGACUUGUUUGAACAGGUGACAUGCAUGCUUGAAAAAGCUUGGAUGUGUCGUCGUUUUAUAAUGUAUUUUUUUCAAUUUUCUUAGAUAAAGCAUGCACGGCUUUUUGUAAGGGAACACAAAUUAAACCUGCAGAUGUCACUAGUUCCAGUCUCUGCCAGUAUCAAUAUGAUUAUGGUAAGGUGAAAUACUUGAUAAUUAUAUGGCAUAAAAUAGUUCGUUUCGGCAACGUGUCGCCGAAUAGACCAAAUUUCAACAUUUCAGUGCAAUAGAAUUAUAGAAAUCGUCGUUGAAAAUCGUUUGGUGUAUAACAUCACCCUAAUAUUGGCGUAAAACAUGUUUGAUUUAAAGUUUGGAUUCUUGCACUUCACUUGGUGGAAUUAAUAUUAGAAUGUUAGGGUUUGUAAUCCAAGUGAGAAUAUAUACAUUUUAAGACCUAACCAAGAACGACUGCGAAAAAUGCAGCAUAAGGUCCUCUGGUAGGAAUUGAACUUACGGCCCUGCGAUUCUGGUGCAGCCCUCUAACCAACUGAGCUACAGAGGCCAGCUGUUGAGCUGUAACCGUCAGUUCAUGUAUAUAUAGGAAAUCGGGUGUGCGGGUUGUGAUAAGGUGGACUUCAAUGAUUUGGAUUCUUGCACUUCACUUGGUGGAAUUAAUAUUAGAAUGUUAGGGUUUGUAAUCCAAGUGAGAAUAUAUACAUUUUAAGACCUAACCAGGAACGACUGCGAAAAAUGCAGCACAAGGUCCUCUGGUAGGAAUUGAACCUACGGCCCUGCGAUUCCGGUGCAGCGCUCUAACCAGCUGAGUUACAGAGGCCAGCUGUUGAGCUGUAACCGUAAGUUCAUGUAUAUAUAGGUAAUCGUCCUAUAUAUACAUGAACUUACGGUUACAGCUCAACAGCUGGCCUCUGUAGCUCAGUUGGUUAGAGCGCUGCACCGGAAUCGCAGGGCCGUAGGUUCAAUUCCUACCAGAAGACCUUGUGCUGCAUUUUUCGCAGUCGUUCCUGGUUAGGUCUUAAAAUGUAUAUAUUCUCACUUGGAUUACAAACCCUAACAUUCUAAUAUUAAUUCCACCAAGUGAAGUGCAAGAAUCCAAAUCAUUGAAGUCCACCUUAUCACAACCCGCACACCCGAUUUCCUAUAUAUACAUGAACUUACGGUUACAGCUCAACAGCUGGCCUCUGUAGCUAAGUUGGUUAGAGCGCUGCACCGGAAUCGCAGGGCCGUAGGUUCAAUUCCUACCAGAGGACCUUGUGCUGCAUUGGCCAGUCAUUGAUUCGGACAGUCGGCGCCUUGACUUUUCCACAGUUCCUCAAAUUUGCUUCGAAAACAUUAAGAUCAUGCAGGCCCAAAUUUGAAGGCGGGCUUGCGGGUUGGAACAAUAGACCCUUUGCACUGACGUCACAAAUCCUUAGAGUGUCCUCCAGAUGCAAAAUCACCGGCGCUGUGACGUCAUGUGCAAUGGGUCUAUACGACGCAAAAGCAAAGGCCCAUGGAAAAUCCCAUCAUUCCACGCUGGAUAAGCGACUGGCUCACUGGCGACUCUGGUCGGUGCCAGUGCAGGUAACGAUGUCGAUUACAAACUGCAGAGUUUUGUAGGAAAUACAACUACAUCAAAAAUACAAAAAGAACUUUGCCUCAAUGUCCAAGUUCUUUUUGUAUUUUUCAGGUUGUAUCUACAAACAUUUUGUAUCGGCGACCAAGAUGUGAUCGUGAAAACCGCGACUGUAUGUCCCGCGACCGUAUGUCGCGGCUAUAGCAGUAUAGGCUAUAGCAAUAUUUAAAACUUUAGCAAUAUGCAAAAAUGAUUUGAAACAUUCAUUUUUCUUAGAACCAUGUUUAUUAUCACCAAUGAAUUACUAAAUUUUCAUUUCUUUCUCUAGUUGUUCGUGGUGUAGUGAACAGAUACUACACACAACAAUUAAAAAUAAGCAGCAAAGAUAAUGUUGAACUGUCUGUAAAACAUGACUAUCUUAAACCUGUUUGUCAAAGUAACUGUCCAACGAUUGCAACCUACAAAUUAUCUUUCUUAUGGAUGCCAAGUUCUCAAAACUGCACAUGCCCACGAUUAAAGAUUGGAAGCGAGAUCCUCGUCAUGGGUUUCCGUUCUGGAACUAAAUUCGCCAUUGAUACAAGAAGUAAAAGUUUAAACUGGGACUCGAAAAUUGCGAAGAAUCUUCUUGCCUACCAACACAAAGUAAAUAGAGAUCCUCCCUGCUCCUAAUCUCAAACAGCAAUCACAAGAUAUCGAUGGGGAGCUGUACGUGCUGGUUAUACAUGCCUAGUAUAUCUUUAUUUACUGUACAAAGAUUCGAAGAAUACAACAAAUUAUCUAUAAGUAAAUUAAAUAUAUUAACUUAUAUAGUACAUAUACAGUAUAGCACAGGAGAAAAUUUAUGCCGCUGGCCACUGAUCUGCCGAAAAAUGACUGUAUAGUGCGGCUCGUUGUAUAUAGAAAUUUUGCUGCUCAGUGCGUCCACCGUAUUGGCAUUUAACCAUAUAUCGAUAAAAUACUCGUAGCUCUAUAAUACUCAUAUAAGGGACCGUUCAUUAUUUAUGGGUGAUUUUUGCAAAUUUUCUUAUUUUUUCCCGGACCCCACCCUUAGUCAAACUUAGAUUUUCGGUUCCCCCCUUACCUUAACAGUUAACAAUAAAUUUUAAGAUCCCCCUAUAACUACCACAUAUAUAGCAUGCACUUUACAAAAUGCAUGUGCCAUGUUGUUCACAGUGAAUGAGCGUAACACAUGUACUUCUGCAGCUAUUGCAAUUAUUUAUAAUUAACAAAUAUAAACCAUUUUCCGUGUUGAUAUACAGUUAUAUCAACACGAGUGGAAAUUGGGAAAACGAGAAAUUGUGUGGAAACACGACGCCCGAUGGGCGGAGAGUUUUCACACAAUUUCACACGAUUUAUAUAUCAAUACGGAAAAAUGUUUUAUAUUUGUUUUAUAAUAUAGCACAAAGAAACAUAAAGAAAGAAAUUUUCCGAGUUAUAUCAACACGGCUCUUAGCCAAUCAGCGUUCAGAAUUUACAAACGCUAUAUUAUAAAUGCAUAUAUUUGUAUAUACAGUGCUACAAUGUACAAUUCACACUAUAUUAAAUGUACAUCUUUGUUUUUUAUUCCUUUUGUGUGCAACUAUAAACUUUGUACAGCAGGGAUCGACAAAGAUCAGAAAAGAAAGUUAGUUAUGAUAUAUUAACAUUCAAAGCACCAACAGCAAUCUUUUAUCAGAUAUAUAUAACACGAGGCGAUACCCAAGUGUUUAAUAGUUCUGAUGAAACAUGUACUGUGUGAGUGGAAAAACGAUCUAUUUGACCUAGUAAUUUUGAAAAUCAACAUUGUCUAACAGGAGAAAUUCAAAGAUGAAGUUUGAAGAAUUCUGACUUUUUGUUUUUUCCCUCAUCAAUUAUUGAGUUGAGUUUUGAAAUUUAUAAAUGUGUCUUCCUUCAAUUUCAGGUCUCCCCAGGAUUUGGUUUACCAGAAUUCCCUCCUCCCCUUUUUCAUCUGGAAAAAUCUCAGGUCCCCCCAGUUUCUCACCCACCCACCCCCACCCUCAUCUCUUAAAUAAUGAACAGUCCCUAAUAGGGAGUCUUUCCUACAGCGUAUAAUAUAAUUAAUAUAUCAGUCGUAUAAAUGUAGACUUGUAACUUUAAAGAUGUAAUUUAAUAUAUUACUUAAUAGUUUUAAUUUUUUGUAUAUUGCACAUGUAUAGCGAAAACUGUAUACAUGUGUCAUGUACCAGACGUCCCAACCAGGAGCAGUUUCGAAUGAGCCCUCCGACAGAACAUGCAGCCCUACGAUUUUGAUGCAAUGCUCUGACCAUUGAGCUACAGUCUUAUUGUUGAGAGCUAGCGACAAGUUCGGGUAUAUAAAGGCAA